UAUAUAGAUCCAUAUAACGGGUAUGUGGCGCAGCGAAUAACAAUACGGUGUCUCCUAGUUUUAUACAAUAAGACAUUGUCAUUGCUUAUUAUGUUAAAGUCAAGUUCUGCGAAGCUGUCUUCCUAGUCUGAGAUUCCAUUGGCGGGUUGAAAACAGAGAAAAGGUCAGGACAUAAGGGUACUUGGUUACCUAUGGCGAUAAGAAACCUGACAGUACAGGAAAACCUCAUCAUAAAUCUCACCUUUCGUCAACAGUAUAAUAUUGAUAGCAUUGGAAAGUUGUGUAAACUUUAAAAAGUUUAAAUAGACUGUUAUCGUUCCUGUGUGUCUGAUUCCCUUGAAGGUUUGGAAGAAUGGCAGGACCUUAAGCAUGCUCGAACCUUCCAGUUUUCAAUGUCUCAGACUCCACAGAAAUCCGCCUUCGCAAAAUGGAUGCCCAGGAUGCACUCCAGCUCCACCCAGUGCUGCCUGUGUGUGGUGGGGGUCUUCAUGUUCCUCAUGGGGGUCAUCAUGCUGUCCACUGGAGUCUGUCUUAUACUUAAUUAUGGCUACUUUGACAAUGCAUUGUUCCCCCCUGAAUUACAAAGCCAGGAAGGCAAAAGAACUGUGGGGAUUAUAUUAACUGUGUCAGGAUUUGCUGCUGUUUUUAUAAGUGUCCUUGUGAGUUCCAUAUAUUUGUGUUCACGGAGUAAGACACCUUCAGUGCAUUCAGAUGAACUUAACACUAUACCCAGUUCUGGUAGGAAGUCCUCUGCUGGAAGUAGGAAUAAGGUUGCUUCUACUGAUGCUGCAGCUGCAGUGAAGCAGAAACCAGCAUCCAAUGCUGCACCAGCAGCAUCAAAACCUCAAAAUAAGAGCAAGGACAUGCAUUCCACAGCAGUGCCUCGUGCCAGACAUCCCAGAAAACGCAAAAAGCAGAGAAUACUCCAGAAGAGCAAACUAGAAGGCAUCCAGGAGGCUGAUGCCAUUUCCAGAAAAUUCUCAGAAAAAGACAUCAAUAGUUCCAUUGAUGCAACAGCCAACGACGAAGUGCACAGCGAAAAAAACUCUCAGGAAGAGACCUCAGAAGCCAUAGCAAUGCCAGAAGUGUUUUAUAGUGCAAGUGAUAAUACUGUGUUAGUCUCAUCUUCAAAUUCUGUAGCAUCUAGUGAUGACUUGCCACAAGUGGACAAUCCAGCAUACACAGAAGAGAAAAUCAGGAAAGACUAUGACCAAUCUUCCACCUCAAGUGGAUUUACUGGGUCCGAGAAAACCGACAGUCUCUAUAAAGUAGAGGCAAGUAUUGAACACCCAGAGUGAUUGCACAAGGCAAGGAUUACAAAAAAAUUAAGGGGGAGGGGGAAACACAAAACUUCAUCUCAUAUAGUCUACUGCAGAUUUUGGAAGACAUUUCUUCAUUUCAGCAAGGAAGCUGGUCUUCCUCCCCAUAGGCACUAGUAUUUAUAAAAAUGGUUCAUAUUUACCAAACAUUUAUGUUUGAAAACUAAUUAUGUGAUAAAAAAUAUCAGUGCUAUUACAUACUGCAUAUUGCUUUAUAUGUGUUAGAAAUCCCAGUCCACUUGAAAUGAAAUGAUAAUAAUAUGAUGCUGUGCAUUAUAAGUAGUGUUAUAAUCUUCACAAUUUCAUACAACAAAUAUGGCAUUUACAAAAAAAAAUCAUACAUGUUGAGAAUUAAGUAUAAGCCAAACUCAAUCUUUUCUGCCAUUUUUAAAUAUCAACAUCAAAGGGAAUGAAUCAGUAAAUAUUGUCUCAAUCUUUUCUGCCACAUUUCAGAUUUCAAUUUCAAAAGAAAUAGGAAGAUAUAAUAUUUCUUAAUAAUUAAGAGUUAAUUAUGUGUUUAUUAGUAUUCUUUCAAAACAUAUUAAAUGUAGAAAGUAUUGAAGGAUGUUUAAGUUUAGAAAUACUGCUUAUUUUAAGUGGAUUAUGUAGUUUUAUUUAUUGUUUUCCUUGUGAUAUAAUUCAGAUAUAUUUUUCGUUGGUUGUAGAAUAGGUUACCGUUUAUGUCUUGCAUUCUGUACCAUAUUAUACUCUCUGUGACUCAAAAAAGGGGGAUGCGAACUUCCCUUCAUUUUAAAAAUGAUGGUGGAUGCAUCAUGCAAUCAUGGUUUUGUCUCAAAGUAAUGUUAUACUAGCCUUUCAGCAUGAUUUGCUUGGUGUUUAGAAGGAUGAGUUGUAGGUAUUGGUGUCCAUAUACUGCUGAAGACAACAAGGUCACUGCCAAAUGAAGUUGGUGUGUGUUGUAAAUCCAAUUGUUCAUUUUGUUUUGGUGUUGUGUACUUUUCUUUGAUGUUUGACAACAUUUUUGUUUUUGUUGUAGCAGUUGAUUGUUGGUGAAUUAAUUAAAAUGGCAUUUUUUUUAAUGAAUACACUUUACAUGCUGAUGAGAGAGAGACUCCAUGCUAAAUGAAUUAAGGCCCAGGAAGCAAUUUCAGAUUUUUUUUUAGGGAGGAAAGGAGGGGAGGGACUCAUAGUGCCCCUAUCCGUACAAAUCAUAUAAAUACUUGAAUAUGCCCUUGCAAUGUCUAGUCUAUAUAUGUAACUAAACCAUCAUAUUUCAAAACUGAUUAACUUUCAACUGCUUUCAUUCCUGCAAAAGAAUUAAAACCAGUUUUUGAUUCACCUUCCUUAUAAACUUGAAAGUCUGCUGCAAUGAUGCUAGUAAAUGUCUAAAAUUUGUUGUAUAUGGUUUUAAAACAUGUAUCUAUUGUACCCUUUGUCUUUAGAUGAAACUAUUGUUAAUAUUUCAUGUUUUAAUACUGAGAAUCGGUCUAGUGUGCUCCACAUCCUGAUUGUAAACUCAUUUUAUUUCUUUGGAAAAAUUUCUUAAGCAUUUUUAUUAAAAAUAUUAUAAAGAAAUAAAAAAUUCUACUAGAUUAAUUAACAAUAAGUACUGUGGUUAUGCAGGAAAAAAUUACAUAGUUACUUCAGACUUGCUUUGUUUAAUUUAUGUUCUUUGCUAACAUUUCUAGUUGUAGAUUUGUUUCAACAUUAAUGAUUUUCCCCAUGACUUUGUCAUAAGAAAACCAUUUUUGUGAUAUUCAAAGUAGACAGCCAUGUCAAUGCAAUGUUGCAUCAUUUUGAAUAUGUUCCCUUGAUCUGCAUACUAGUGACAAUGCAUAUUUCAAUAUCAAACCUGUGUGUUUCGCCAUUAUCAGUGAUACACUGUAUGAGAAUAAUCAUUUAUUUUGCAAUGUAAUGACAGGGUUUCAGAGGCUGAUGUAUGAUUGUUCUGUCUACAAGUACUUUUUUGUUUGUUUUUUUUUUUUAAUGUAUUUUUUUUUUUUUUUUGGAAAUGUAUCUUUAAAAGUGAUAAUGUUAUUGUUAUUAUUUUUAUGAAGAAAAAUAAACUUGAAAUAUUAAA